CUUAUUUGCGUCCAAAUCUGGCAAAAGGGGGGCGGAUCAUCUCACUGACCUCUCGUUCGUCUCGCUUCCUUCACUUCUCAUUUACAACACGUCGCAAUGUCCUCGAGCAAGCCCUUACUAUUCGGGUUUCCGGCUCAUACUUUAGGCUUGUUUGACGACUACAUUGAUGAAGAGGACGAAACACUUCAUAUAGACCCCGUGCUAAUCGAUCUCACUGAGGAUACCUACAACAAUGGCGAAAGUGCUGUUAAAAGUGUCGACAACGACGCUGGCGACCGCAAAUAUGAUGACGACAAAGUAGGAGUCUUUGCGCCUCAAAAUACGGGUUCCGUAUCACCGAGAGUCCUGACCUUGACCCAACAAAAUCGUCGCCUUCCGAAGCAUUUACGAACUGGACAUCAUCGAACGCAAGAGGAUAUUAUAAUGGAAAGAGAAUCGUAUACAGACUUGGACACCACACCAACGUCGCCAGGAUGGAGAUCCUCUUCAUAUGCGAGUGUUCAUUCAACGCCGUCAUCUAUCUCAUCCACAACGGCAAUCCCGACUGGUGGAGGAGGAUUCAUCUACACAAACUCAUUCAUGAAAAGCACGCAACGCAAAGGAAUGGAACACUUGGGAAAACUCGAAGAGGGCAAGGCAGACCUCGAAGUUUACAUCACCAAAUGCCCUACAGAUGUGAAACUACUCGUGAAGCUACGCGCAAAACUACUCCACCUCGAUCACUUCAGCGUCGACUACAAGGAAAUGAAAAAAAGAAAAAACAACUCUGAAUCCGUCUCGAGGUUGGCAUAG